AUGUCUAGAGCCCUUAGUUUGUAAGAAGACUCUAUCAAAAAUGAUUCCAUUUUAAAUAUUACAGAAAGGUUUUCCAAAAAAUAGUAAAUUGAAAUGAAGAGAUAAUUGACUGUCAUGAUUAAUCGAAUUAAAUUACUUGCCAUGUAAAAAUAAAGAUUGUAAAUUUUAAUCUAAUUUAGACAAUCAAAACAAUAAUAAAAUUAAAUGAGAAUUGAAUAUCUUAAUAAUAUUCGAACUUAAUAUCUUUAACACUCUUCUAAAGUAACAUAUUUUAUUAAAUAUUAGUUAUAAAAAUACAGAGAGACAAAAAAUUAAUCAGUUCGACUCUCAAAAGAAAAAAAAAAUUAAAAAAAAUAAGAUUAGCUUCAGCUUUUAAAGCAAAUUCGCUAAACUAUCGAAUAGUAGAAAAAACAAUAAUUUUAAUAAAUGAAAUUACAAUCAUUAAAAUAUGAUGAAUAUAUUACUCUUUAAAGAUAAAGAUCAAAAUCUUUCAAUAUUGAUAAAAAACUUAAAGUUUAAUAGUAGGAACAAUAAUAAUAAUAAAAUUUAUAACAGUUUAAAGAACUAAAACAAAAAUAAUUUCAAUCAUAGCAUAAAUAAGUAAUUUUAAAAAACUUUUAAUAAAAAGCAAAUGAUUUUAUUAAAUUAAAAGAAUUAUGGGAAUAAGAGAAGGAUAUCUUAGAUUCUUUGAUAAGCUCAAAUAAUUCAAAAUUUAACUUUUCUUUAACAAAAAUUUGA